AGGCCGAAGCGGCAGUCGAAGCCGUCCUCGGAUGAGGGUUACUGGGAUUGUAGCGUCUGCACCUUCCGGAACAGCGCCGAGGCCUUCAAGUGCAUGAUGUGCGAUGUGCGGAAGGGCACCUCCACCCGAUCCACAUUCUUUGAAGUUAUUGUGAAUGCCUCGAGGACCAAGGAACCGUUGAAAUUUCCAAUUUCAGGAAGGAAGCCUCGACCUGUCUCCCAGUUGGUUGCACAGCAGGUUACGCAGCAGUUUGUGCCCCCAACUCAGAGUGAAAAGCUCGGAAAAGUGGGUAGAAAGAAAAGCUAGCUUAAAUUUUUAUCGUCUUCUGUGUUUAGGCCAAGAUUGAAAAAUGUGGAUCGGAGUAGUGCUCAACACUUGGAAGUUACCGUUGGAGACCUGACAGUCAUUAUUACAGACUUUAAGGAGAAAACCAAGUCACCGCCUGCAUGUAGUGCUGCUUCUGCAGACCAGCACAGUCAGAGUGGCUCCAGCUCUGACAACACAGAGCGGGGCAUGUCCAGGUCAUCUUCCCCCAGAGGAGAAGCCUCAUCACUGAAUGGAGAAUCUCAUUAAAGUUUAUUUUCUCCAGUUUCUUAGUCACUUGUCAUACCAUGCAAAUACACAGAUUAUGCCAAGAAGUACCACAUUUUCAUGACAAACAUACUCGUGCACAAUCCAUAAUUUGCGUUUUACAUAGAAAUUUGUUAGAAUUUGUUAGAUUUUAUUGCAAUCUAUGCCUACCAAACGUUUCCGGACUUAACAUUUUGGUCUCCACCGUUAAAGGUGCCAUGAAAAUGUGGUUGAAUUAUUCAUUAUGCAGUGUUAUUGGUAAGUCUAUUUUCACUUUUAGUUUAGUGAAUUCUAACACAUAAUUCUUGAAAUCUCUACUAUUGGCAUGUAACGAAUUUAAAUUUUUAUAACAUAGUGCAAGCUGCCUAAAUAUGUAUUAUUUGAGAGUUGUGAAACAAAUAGCUAUAUGUAUACAAGUCAGAGAUCAGCCUGAUCAACUACGGCUGCAACAGGAUUUUCUUGAUGGUCGUCCUCUUAAAUACACCUGCUGGUACUUGGUGUGGUCAAAUAGGAAAAUUGUUAUUAAAUAAAGAAUUUGUAUAAACCGUUGCCAAUGCUUUUGACAUGUUUUACUAAAUUAUUGUUCUUGAAUUACGUUUUUGGUUUUAUCUCUUUUUUCAGGGUUUUUUUUUUUUUGCCUAUCUUUCAAAAUAUUCAUUUAUUGUAAUGUUUACUAGUGAACUAGUAAACAAUAAAACUGAUUAUUUAGUUUUCUAAUUCAAGUUUAGUGCUAUUGUCAUUGAACACUGGUAUUUUCUGUAUUAUAGAGAACAUUAAAAUUCAAGUAAUUAUAAGUAUUUGGCAAAAACAGAAGAGAAAAGAAACCUGCCGCAUUUUAAAAGCUGCAACUUUGGAAAAGCUUUAACUUAAUAGUUUUAUUGCUAUUUCCUUGUCCCAGACUUAUCCAGGGUCAUAGAAACACGUAUCUAAUUAAUACAGAAGUGGGAACUAUUGCACAGAACUGGGAAAUAACUAAUCCUAAAUCAGUUUAAUUGGCCUCUUAUUAAAUAUAACAAUUCUUAUGAAAAUCAUAGUGCCCUAUUUUCAGAAACAAUUAGCCAGUUUAUGCAUUUAUCAAUAUUCUGAAAUUUUAAAAGUAUUUACAGCCCCCACUUACUAUUAUGUAAAAUUACCAAUAAAAUAUUUUUAUGACUACAGAUCUUGCAUUUUUGUUUACAACUAGUAAAAGUGUUUUAUGUUGUAUUUAAAAAUCCAAGUUAGAAACCACACAGUACUUCUUAAAUUCUCCUGGGGUCUCCUGCUUUCUCUUAGCCAUUUGCUUAAUAUAUAUCACCUAUGGGAGACUGCUGAGCUAUAAAUGAACUUUAAAUCGUAACUUGAAUGCAAAAUAUCACAUAAAAACAUCAUGAUAGCAUUUGAAGAGAGAAAGAAAACUGUAGACCCUGACAGUUGUGAUAUUUGGUGGUUUCACGUGGUAAUGUAAUUUUCUGUUUAACUGCAGUACUUUUUAAGGCACAAUGGUACUGUCUUUUUUGUAAGAUGCAAGUUGUGAAAUACAGUUAAUUGCAUACAGUAAAAGUCUGUGAUUAAAACAUUUAUAUACCUCA